CGAUUUUCUGGUCUUGAUAUUAGGACCCGAGAUAUGAGUUGGGUUUUUCGUGAUGCUGCGAGGAGAGGGUAUGUCUUGGCGUGUUUUGAAUCCAUCGAGCAGAACAGAGUAAAUGGGUGUAAUAUAUAGUCUUGUUUUGUUUCGUUAUUUUUUCUUUUUAUCUUCUUCCCUUCUGUUCAUGCGCAUGAUGUUAGGAAGCUUCAACGCUACAAUCCUUGUUGGAUUGAAUUGAGACUUGUGGGGCUUUAUGAAGUUCGUGUGGUGGAUUUUUUCAUAUUUGCGGUAGUCCCCGCUUGAGUUUGAGGCGUGUAUGUAACAAAUCUCACAAGCGGUGGUGUAGGGAGAGUGUUUUUGAGUGUGUUAGGGCCUCAAAGUUGAUAGAGAAACUGAAAUUCGAUCCAGAUGGGGCAAACACUGGGGUUGAUUUGUGUGGACCAAUCCACUGUAGCUGUGAAGGAGCAAUUUGGUAGAUACACGGGCACCAUAGGUCCUGGUUGCCAUUGCGUACCUUGGUGCAUUGGUAUCAAUGUUGCAGGCAUUUUGUCUCUUCGGGUGCAGCAGCUCGAUGUUCGCUGUGAAACAAAGUCAAGGGACAAUGUCUUCGUGACGCUGGUUGCCUCUGUCCAGUAUCGAUGUCAUACGGAGACAGCGAAGGAUGCGUUUUACAAGCUGACGAAUCCUCGGGAGCAGAUCAAGGCGUAUGUAUUCGAUGUUGUGAGAGCAACCGUUCCGAAAUUGCUUUUGGACGACGUAUUCGAGCAGAAGAACGAGAUUGCCAACAGCGUGAAGGAGGAACUGGAGAAGUCAAUGAAGACUUAUGGGUACGAGAUUGUUCAAACUCUGAUUGUGGAUAUUGAGCCGGACGAAACUGUGAAACGUGCCAUGAACGAAAUCAAUGCAGCUGCAAGGAUGAGACUAGCAACACUAGAGAAAGCAGAAGGAGAGAAAAUCUUGCAGGUGAAGCGGGCCGAGGCUGAAGCCGAAUCUAAGUACUUGUCAGGAGUGGGUAUUGCUCGCCAGAGACAAGCUAUUGUGGAUGGGUUGAGGGAGAGUGUCAUGGUGUUCUCUGACAACGUCCCUGGGACCACACCAAGGGAGGUCAUGGAUAUGGUGCUGGUCACUCAGUACUUCGACACGAUGAGGGAUAUCGGUUCUCACUCGAAGAACUCCACGGUAUUCAUUCCUCACGGUGUUGGCGGAGCUCGUGAUGUGGCAGACCAGAUCAGGAAUGGAUUGAUGCAAGCUGACGCUGGCAAAACUCAUGCCCAUUAAGGCACUUGUUGUUGGGGCUAAUCCCAUCUCAUGGACAGGCUUGUAACCUUAGAUGGAAAAUUAAACUAGCAGUUCUGAAGACUUUGACGCUAUAUACCUGUGUCUUGUUGAUGUGGUCGUUUGGAGUUUAAAGCCGGCGUUUGUAAACUACGUCAAACCUUUGGCGAAUCAUCACGUAUAUUUAUUUUCAGCUCUGCAGCAGCCAGAAAUCAAAGAGUGCUUUUGACAUUUGUUAAAAUGUUCUUUUUAUUUUUUAUUUUUAUCUUAAUAAAACUUGUGUUGCUCUUUUCAA